CAGGCGGAUUUCCAUUCGAAAAUCAGCUAAGACUCACAGAUACGAAAUUAUGUAAAAAGUGUAAAAAGGUUCUAAAUAUAAAAACAGUUCUGAAUGCGGCCCAAUGCAGAAUUGCACUGUCCGAGCCGGUAAGCGCCCCCUUGAGGCGGAACUGUGUGUGUCUCAAAACAGCACCAGUCAACAACGAUUUUUUUCCACGGGGAUCCAUUCUCUCCUGGAAGCGUUGUGCGCUCUUCAGUUUGACGCGUGUAACUGCACUUCCGGCGAUAUCUGCGCUAGAAUGGCUGCAAUGUUUACGUGUUGUUUGGGCUGCUGCGGGGAUGGCGGACCGGGUCAUGCUCCCCUCAAAGAAAUGCCCACCGUGCAGCUAGACACGCAUCACAUGGGGACGGAUGUGGUCAUAGUGAAAAGUGGGAGGCGGAUCUGUGGAACUGGAGCCUGUCUUGCCAACGCCCCUCUACACCAGAACAAGAGCUAUUUUGAGUUCAAGAUCCAGUCCACGGGUGUUUGGGGGAUCGGUGUGGCCACUCAGAAGGUGAAUUUGAACCAGGUGCCGCUGGGUCAAGACAGUCACAGUUUGGUGCUUAGACACGAUGGCUCCAUCUACCACAACAAUGAGGAGAAGAAUCGAUUACCUGCCAACAGCCUUCCUCAGGAGGGGGAUAUAGUGGGGGUGACCUAUGAUCAUGUGGAACUGAGCUUGUACUUGAAUGGAAAGAACAUGCAGUGCCCAGCCUCAGGUAUUCGAGGGACUGUGUUCCCAAUAGUUUAUGUGGAUGACAGUGCCAUCAUAGACUGCCAGUUCAGUGAUUUCUACCAUACUCCACCUGAAGGCUUUGAAAAGAUUCUGUUUGAGCAGCAGAUCUUUUGAAUUGUCAGCUGUGUGUGCAGACACACACACAGUGUCGAGCUGAAUUGUGUGUGUGGCAGCACGUGGUUAUGAUUUCUUUCAAUGUUGCUUCUGCCUUUGCUGUUACUUCUGCUGCUCUUGUCUAUUUGGAAGACCAAUCAGGCUUUAUUUCUGCCUGUCUGUGUGUGUGUGUGUGUGUGAGUUUGACAGAAUCUACAACCCAGAAAACACUUUACAUAAGCACUGAAGACACUUACUGAUAUUUACUUUCUGUAGUGGGUGAUAUUGAUAAACUGAGCGUAUCCUUUUAUUUAAUAACAGUGUACAAUGAUCAGCAGCUGAUCAGCUUUGUGUUUAUUAGAUUUAUGUAGAAAUUGUUGAUUUAUCAUUGAUAUAUCUACAUAAAUAUCGGGUUUCUUGAAUGAAACAAUUGUAUUUGCACUAGUAACAUGUGAUUGAAAAUCAAACCAAACCUCUCUUGUCUGUUACUUUCAUUUGCCUUUCAUCUGAACUAGCCAUAUUGAUAAAUUGCUAACAGUAAAUAGCAGUUUACAGUAUUUUCCACAGUGUAUUUUAACAUCUUACCACUGUGAUCUCUGUUGCACAUAAAUAAGUGACUUUGGCUGAACAGAUUUCAGACAUGCAUGAAUCUAUUUAACAUGAUCAUUUUUGCUGCCCUAACUUACAUCUUACCAAUCUCUUCAAAUGUUAGGAUGAAGGUAAAAGUUCAUCAAGACAUUUGUUUUCUUCUGAUGUGUUUUGCUUCGGUGACCUGAAAUAAUUCACUUUUGCACAGUUCCAUUAAUUACAACUAUUAACCUAAUUUUACUUGUCACUGCAGAAAUGUUAUGUACUCUUAACACUAAAACCAUUCAUACAGUGGGUAUAGAAUGUCAGAAUUUUUUUUUGAUUAUUUUCUGUACAUUAAUUUUAUUCACACAAUAAAAUGCACCACCAAUUCUUAUUUUUAGCAGCAUGGCCAUGCAGCUACUCAAAGGCAAUGUUCUUUUCAGAAAAGGUGCUCUGAAAAAGUUGUGCUGUAAGACUCUGUCAAAUCUGUUUUUCAGUCCCCAAGAAAGCUUGAAUUUUCUCUGUACACUGUGUCUUAUGGUACAUUCCACAAGUGCUGUAUUUAAUAAACCUAAGUAUUCCGUC